GCCCGUGUUUACUUCACUUCGCAGUGUUUCGCGUUCGUCAGCGCGAGCUGUUGGGAAGAUCGGUAUUCUCAGUUCUCGAAUUUUUCGCGUCGUGAGAGUAUCUCGCUCUUACGAACGAGCGUCGGGAGUGACGUGCGAUCACCGCGACGUGUUAAUUAACGUUAAUUAGUGUCGUCCUUCUCCGAUAUCGAUGUGGCCUAUGUGUAUCGCGUGUCCCGAGCCGGCCGGCGGUAUGGCGUUCGUCUUCGAUCUAUUGAGCAGUGCUCGGUUUACGCGUUAUUUAUCCGCAGAAUCAUCGUCGCUCGGGCGAUCGAGCAUCGACAUUGUCGAGUGAGAACUUCCGUAUUACUUGAGGUAUGCCCCAGUGAUCAGCUAUUUCUCGGUGUAUGUGCCCGAAUUCGCGGUCGUCGUGUUUCGCGUCGCGAGGUGGCAUUCCCGUAGCGUCGUGAAGUUGCCACCGGAUAAUUCGAAUUUUUCGCAUGUCGCCGUAGCAGCGCAUCCAACGAGUGUCGGGAGUGUCGUGAGUAGAGUCGGCCGACCUUUCGUGUCCGCGUCGUCGUUUGCUCGUUGCGAGUGCGUCAUAAACGCAACAAGACCGCCGAUUAUCGUACAUCGUGUUAAUUAGCGUCGCGGAAUCGUGAUCAGUUGGUGUCUUUCCUCCUGGACAGACUUGUAUCUCGCGAGUGCCUCGAGUGCAAAAAGUGUGCCGCAGAGACGGAGCUGUCGGCGACGACGGUUAUGGCGACACAUCGACUGGGAACCGUCCAAUAGAAACUCACCCAGACGUACCAGCCGGCUUCGCGCGAAAACUGAAGGGUCUGGGGCGCGCGAAGGCGAGAAGAAAUGAGGUGGACGUGACACAAUGACAUGAUGAAGAGCCUGGUGGGGAUCAUGUGGAUAGUGUUGGUGCUCAUAUCAGGAUGCUCAGGAAAUCCAGACGCGAAGCGAUUAUACGACGAUCUCUUGUCGAACUACAACAAGCUGGUUCGUCCAGUGGUCAACGUCACAGACGCCCUCACCGUUAAAAUAAAGCUCAAGCUUUCGCAGCUCAUCGACGUGAAUUUGAAGAAUCAGAUCAUGACGACGAACCUCUGGGUAGAGCAGUCGUGGUAUGAUUACAAGUUGAAAUGGGAUCCAAAAGAGUACGGUGGGGUAGAGAUGCUGCAUGUGCCAUCGGAUCACAUAUGGAGGCCCGAUAUAGUUUUAUACAACAACGCCGACGGCAAUUUCGAGGUGACGCUGGCGACGAAGGCGACUUUGAACUACACGGGUAGGGUCGAGUGGAAGCCGCCGGCGAUUUACAAGUCUUCCUGCGAGAUCGACGUCGAAUAUUUUCCUUUCGACGAGCAGACGUGCGUGAUGAAGUUCGGCUCGUGGACUUACGACGGCUUCCAGGUCGAUCUUAGACACAUCGACGAGGUCCGGGGCAGCAAUGUCGUCGACAUCGGCGUCGAUCUGUCGGAAUUUUAUACUUCCGUCGAGUGGGACAUACUAGAAGUCCCUGCUGUAAGAAACGAAAAGUUUUACACGUGUUGUGACGAGCCUUAUCUCGACAUCACCUUCAACAUCACCAUGAGACGGAAAACUCUGUUCUACACCGUCAACCUCAUAAUACCGUGCAUGGGGAUAUCCUUUCUCACGGUGUUGGUAUUUUACCUACCAAGCGACAGUGGCGAGAAGGUCAGCCUAUCCAUUUCGAUUUUAUUGUCGCUGACUGUGUUCUUCCUCUUGCUGGCCGAGAUCAUCCCGCCCACGUCACUCGUGGUACCGCUCCUCGGUAAAUUCGUCCUCUUCACCAUGAUCCUCGACACCUUCAGUAUAUGCGUAACAGUGGUGGUCCUCAACGUUCACUUCCGCUCGCCGCAGACCCACGUGAUGGCACCGUGGGUUCGACGCGUGUUCAUCCACGUCCUGCCGAGACUGCUGGUAAUGCGCAGGUAUAAUACGCCAUCGCAGAGAACCGAUUACGAUUCCAGGCCGCAGUACCAGAUAGACAGACGUAGCAUGGGCGGGCAUCAUGGACAUCGCGUGAUGGUCCGAACAUGCAACGGUCUCGAAUUACGAGACCCAUCACUGUUCGUCGAGACGUCGGCCUCGGAGCUGGUCGAGUCCUCCGUACUUUUUCCUAGUGUCGAUUCACGGGACGAGCUGCAACCUCGGGAGUUGGGAGCGGUAAAUCUAGGGAGCACGUGCCAGAUCCACGGUUCGCCCGCGGCGACGACCACCGCGCCGCCACCGCAGCUCCCGACAGAGGAGAGCGUUGACGCUCUCUGCAACGCGCUUCAUCAUUGGCAUCACUGCCCAGAACUGUACAAGGCCAUCGAAGGCAUCCGCUUCAUCGCCGAUCAUACGAAGAGGGAAGAGGAUUCUACUAGAGUCAAAGAGGACUGGAAGUACGUCGCGAUGGUGCUCGACAGACUAUUUCUCUGGAUCUUCACACUAGCCGUAGUCGUCGGCACGGCCGGGAUUAUACUGCAAGCGCCGACCCUGUACGACGAUCGCAUCCCCAUCGACGUACGGCUCUCCGAGAUCGCCUCCACCACUGCCAAGCCACACAUCGUCACAAGCCUCUGAGGGACAAUUACUAAUUACGUUAUUGCCGCGCGCGCGCGUAAACGACACGUUAACGACACAUACGAACACAUACGUACACGCGACCUACACGCCGACACAAGCGAUUACGUACUAACGUCCGAAAGACUGAAGCCUCGCUGAGUCUUCGACCUUUGCGCGAAUGUGCGAGUCGUACGUGCGGCUCGCACGGCCGCUGGCGAACAGAGAAUUCUUAUUGUUGAGACAAUACGCCACACAAUAUACCGUUGCGCAGUGCAGCGGAACGUCAGCGCUAACAAGCGCGAUCUCGUCCUCGCCGGGAGAGCGACCGCCGGCGAAUCGAUUGUAGAAUGCAUAAGGGGGUCUUUGAAACCUUUGUGAGAAACUGAUGUUUGUAUUUUCUUUUGGCGAUAUAUUUCCCCGGCGUCUUUGAUUAAAUCUUCUCCUUCCUUCGGCUGAUCUUUAGGACGACAGAGCUCGAGCCGUCCCUCGACGCGGCACUCGACGGAAAUUUAACGAAGUCAUUUCUCUGCUACUUGAAUUUUUAAAAACUUUCCUCCGGGAAGAGGAGGUCAUUCAUCCUGAAAUUAAGGUGAGGUUGAUAACGAUUUAUUUUUGCAUGAUCGCGAAACUCCUGAUCUUCGCGAAUUGACUUUGAGGACGUUGUUGAAUUCUUUUUCGAUCCUGUCAGUACUGUCGUAUUGUUGUUUAUAACGAGAUAUACGCUCGCAUAGAUAUAUUAAUUAAUUAUGAUUAAGAAGUGCGAAGAGUAAAAGGAGUCUCAGGUGAGAGAGGAAGAGGAAAGGAGGAGAAGGAAGCGUGACUGCUUCACGGAGAUUCAGAAUUAUAUUCGUGCGUUGGCUUUUAUCGUCUUGCUAAGAAUUCUCGAACUACAGCGGGAGAUGAGCUUUCCGCGCAAACGUAUAGAAGGAAAUUAAGAAGGGAGUAUCACGAUGAAAAAAAAAUAAUACGUCUCAACCACUUGCACGUUGAUCGCGUUUGAUUCCGUGUAGCACGUGAAAGGAGUAAGAAGAAGUUCAUAACAUAUAGAUAAUACAAUAAUCCGAUGAACGUAAGAUGGAUCUUCUUAUUUCUCGAAUUAAAUAGGUGAGGAAUUCAAAUCGCGCACGUGAGCAGACAUGGUUUUCGUUUUCGCGCGUAUUAUAUCCUAUAAUUAAAUGUUUUUUAAUAUAUAUUCGAGUUAGAAUUACAGAUGAAUACUUGACUGGCUAAUAGAAAUGACAGAAACAACAAACAUACAUAUUUAUACAUGUACAUAAAACAAAUUAGACCAAUUCCCAAAAAUAUCAGAGAAACUCAAAGAAUCAACACUUUACGAUAUUACAAAACAGACUGAUUUUCCAAUUUGAAGACAAUCUCUCAGAAUUAUCUAAUAUAUUCUCAGAAUAAUCUAAUGUUACUAAUUGAUCCUUAUUUCAAAGAAAAACGGCUGCACGUCUAUCGUAAACGUAAUAAUCUCAACUUUCUAAGAAGUCCUCUUUCAAAUCUCUACGAUCUCUGAAAGUGAAAUAUCGGUCACCGUAUCGACCACCGCUCUCUCGAUCGACUCGAUCGACUUGCAGUAGCGUCGGCGCCCACUGAAUUACGUUUCGCGGAAACGAGAACAGGUGGUGGGUCCGCGUUCCAUCGCGUACGCGCUACGCAAGAAUGGAACGCGGCCUUGCCCCCACUCCCGAGCCGCGCGUCAGCUGACUCAGAGGGACGCUCGACCACGUGGUUGCAUUCAGCGCGCGGCCAGUAUCGUGUGCGCCUGCGCAGAGCGCACGACGCGUCAGUAGGUCUGCUCUUUGAACUAGUGUACAUUUACGGAACUUUCUAGCAAAGAGAUAUAUAGUGUUGAAACUUGAUAUGGAAAAGAAAGAGGAAAAGAAAGCCAACUGAUGCAGCCAGUUUAACAAUAGAAAACAAAUCUAGUCUAUGGUUGGCAUCGAGCGUGUCGACAAUUUUCAAAGGGUCGUAACUCGCGAACAAGUGGACGUAGAAGCAAAAAGCAGUUUUCCUGGCGCACGUCCACGCUUCUCUUUUAUUCGAAAGGUAACCACAAUCAAACAUGAUAGAUUUAAGUCUGGAAACUGCCCGACCCACAUUGGAAACUGCCCGCGUUCCGCGACGAAACGUGUUUUUCGCACGUUCAUUUCCGGUUGGUCUUGUUAGCCAGUCAAGCCUUCACCUGCAAUUCUGAGGCAUUCUCUAUACCUAUUGCUAAUCUCAGUUAAUAGUCUCGAAAAUUGGAAUUGUUUAGGGUUAGGUUAAGUAAUAUCUCGCGUUACUUAUCGCGCGUGUGUAAGAUAUUACCGGCUCGGCGGCCCGCCGACGAUCAUGCGAUUAGGUUCGAGCAAUAAGAAGAGCUCGCUUAUCAUCACCGGGUUUCAGAUGCGGCCUGUUUCGCGACUAGGGAAAAUAUAAUGAAGUUUAAUAAAGGAAAUGAAUAUUUAGUAGGUAAUGGGAGGACGAAACACGUAUAUACUAUAGAAUUAAUUCAGAAAGAUCUUAACAGUGCGAUUUCGUGCCAGUUGCAUUCGUAGCUCUCCCUCGGGCAGAUUAAUUAGACGAUAAUAUUUAUUAACAACGUUACCUUAUCCCGUCUGCAUGUUAAGGAACGUAAAAUCCCUCCUCCAAUCCUUUCUUCCAAACAGCGAAUUAAUAUCCCGGCGUCGAAACGCCACUACUCCGCGUUCGAGACGGAAAUUAGACCACGCCGUUAGGAUUAUUUUCGUACGGAAGACGCGUUCGCGCUAAUACAACGGAACAUACUAUUGCGAAAAGGAAAAAUUACAGGGAAAGAAAAGUAUAGAAAGAAAGAAAACGCCGACGAAGGAUGCAAGUGGCGCGAAGUUGUACGAAGCCUGUUGCAGACUCAGGAACAAAAUAAAGAGGAAUACGAUUUCCCAACACUACAUCGAGCCUGUAACAAUGGGGCCAUAUUUUCACAAAGAACGAAAGUGCGUGUUCUCUCGUAAGAAAAAAAAAACUUAAAUAAAAAGUGAAAUAUUCUAAAUAUCUGCAUCGAUUACACGACGCAGAGAUACAGGUUGGGCCUAAGGUGAGGAAGUUUAGAGGACUCAACUUUUAUUGCUCAUAAUGUGUAUAUGUUUGUAAUAAGGGUAUAACUUUCGUAAUUGUGUAUUCGUUCAAGCGCCGCGCACCGACCGACCGACUGAAUAGGUCUGUUCUUUUUUGAAGAACUUCUCGAACCGAUUUACAAUCGGCUGAUCAAAGAUUGCAACACUUUUUUUAUGAAUUUUGUAACGCAUCGUAUAUACGAUAGAAGAGUUUGUUUUCCAGUGAUUCUAAAGAGAUACAUCUUAUUGGAUACGGAAUACAUUGCAAAAGUUAUCGAGGAAAAAUGUUGCUGCACUUAAUCAUCUGACUGUAGAUUGACGCAAUAAAUUAGAGUAAAACGAAAUAUACUUGUUUCACUCUAACUUAUUGCACCAGUGUACACCAAUUCUUCGAAAGAGGACUGGCUUUAUGACUUGAUUCGACCCGACGCGUGUGGCGGGCGUUUAUUAUUGACGAAUUUUGACAAAGUGCAUAAUACACACACACACACACAUACACACACACACACACACACGAGAAAACAGAUUUUUUAAGGCGCGUUACCAUGAUUUGUGUCGUCUUCCUACUGGUACCUUUGAAUUCCGAUUCGUUUCAUUAACGGCGGCGGUGCAUCGCCGUUCUUGCCAAAAGGAGAAAAAAAGAUAAAAAAAAGACAAAACGUGUAAAGAGUACUACGAUCGAUAAUUUUAAUUAGUGAAAAGAGACAUGUAAUCGGUCACUAUGAAGUGUAGUUUCGAUCGUCGUUUGAUACUUUGUACGUUUCGAUAUAAUUUAGUAUGAAAAGAAAGACUUCUUAGAUUGUAUCGGCGCGAUUCAAUAAAUUUCAUUAUGGAUAGAUGAUUUAUCGACAAUGGACGUAAUUUGUAAGAGUUUUAUUAACCCUGCAAAUGUGUGCGUGAUGUAUCAUUUUUUGAAAUCGAAAUAUAAUGAUUUUGCCGAUAAA